AUGGCCAAGAAACGAAAGCUUCGAUCCUCAGACCCCGAACCGGCCAAACCCAUCGACCCACAGCAACAAGACCAAGAGCAAGUGGAACAACUCGACCAACAGCAACAACAACAACCUAACCCCGAACCAACCCUAGAAGACCCCAACACCAUGGCCGUCGACGAGCCAACAGAGGAACAACAGCAACAACAGCAAAUUGCAGAAGGCGAAGAAGAGGAAGAGGAAACGGAGGAGCAACAGGAGCAGGAGCCAGAAACCCUAGAAGAGCAAGAGGAGCCGGAAACCCUAGAAGCUGCGAACCACGCCGAAGCCAACGGUGCUGACGAAGAAGGGAACAACGAAGAGGAAGAUGAGGAUCUCAGUCUUGAAGAUGAACCUGUGGAGAAGCUUCUCGAACCCUUCACGAAGGAGCAGCUGCACGCUCUUGUGAAGCAGGCCGUGGAGAGGUUCCCUGAAUUCGUCGAGAGCGUCCGCCAGCUCGCCGAUGUGGACCCGGCCCACCGGAAAAUCUUCGUCCACGGCCUCGGCUGGGACGCCACAGCUGAAACCCUAACCUCGGUGUUCGGGAAGUACGGAGAGAUCGAGGACUGCAAGGCUGUCACCGACAAAGUCUCCGGCAAAUCGAAGGGUUACGCUUUCAUCCUUUUCAAACAUAGGGAUGAUGCUCGCAAGGCGCUGAAAAAUCCCCAGAAGCAGAUCGGGAACCGCACCACCUCUUGCCAGCUUGCCUCUGCUGGCCCUGUUCCGGCGCCCCCGCCGAACGCGAACCCGGUUUCUGAGUACACGCAGAGAAAGAUCUUUGUGAGCAACGUGAGUGCUGAGAUUGAUCCUCAGAAACUGCUUGAAUUCUUCAAGCAGUUUGGGGAGGUUGAGGAUGGUCCUCUUGGGCUCGAUAAGAACACUGGGAAACCUAAGGGUUUUGCAUUGUUUGUUUAUAAGUCUGUGGAGAGUGCUAAGAAGGCUUUGGAAGAGCCUCAUAAGAACUUUGAGGGUCAUACUCUGUACUGUCAGAAGGCUGUUGAUGGUCCCAAGGGGAACAAGGGGUAUCAUCAGUAUCACCAUCAACAGCAUUCUCAUCAUCACCACCAUCACCAUCAUCAGCCUCAUUAUCAGAGAAAGGAGAAGAACAAGUAUUCAUCUGGAGGUGGUGGACCGUCCCAUGGCAGUGGUCAUUUGAUGGCCCCCUCUGCCUCUGCUGUGGGGGGUUUCAACCCGGGAGUGCCGGCUCAGGGGUUGAAUCCUGCUCUUGGACAGGCGCUGACUGCUUUGCUUACUAACCAGGGAGCUGGGUUGGGUCUUGGCAAUCUGCUUGGAGGGCUUGGUGGUGCCCCAGUUAACCAGGCCGGGCCACCUGCCCCGUAUGGGAACCAGCCUGCUAUGGGAUAUGGAAAUCAGCCAGCAAUGCAACAGGGAUACCAGAAUCCUCAAAUGGGCCAGAGCAGUGGUGUUAGACCCCACCCUGGUGCUGGUGCUCCUUACAUGGGUCACUAG